UAGUAUAUAAUUACACACGUGCUUAAGAUAGUACAGUUAAUAUCCAGCAGACUUAUUCCAAGUAGAAUAAGUAUUUCUAAAAUUGAAAAUAAUAUAAUAAAAAGAAUAUAUUAUUAUAUGAAUGUGUAAUAUUUCGAUUGUGUUAUCGAAAAAAGCAUUGAUGUAAUCAACAUCUCAUCCUAUUCAUAUCAUGGACAAGGAUCAGAUGCCUAAAGUGAACUGGGAAACAGAUAUUGAUAAAAUAAAUAGCAAUAAUAUUUUACUAAUGAAAGAAAUAGAGAAAAAGAAUUCGGAGAGAGUUCAGCAAUUGUUGAAACUGAAACGAUCGAACAAAAUACUUGGUAGUAUAUUAGGAGUUACUGUUUUGUCAAUUUAUUGUUAUACUAUAUAUACGGUGAAACAAGAAAAGUUCUUAGAUGAUUUUAACGAACCUGAGAAAGUAAUAAUACCUCCUAAAACUGAUAUAUAAAUCAUUCUUAGAUAAAGCUUUUUGAUUCAUAUACAUGUAUAUCUAUACGCAUACAACUAUUUUGAUUUGUUAAAAUAAUUGUUACUAUUUGAA